AAAAGAAGCAACCCUGUAAAAUUGUGUAGAAACCAACAACAAAAUGAUUCCACAACAAAGCCUAGCAAUCCUUCUUUCAAGCUCUCUUUUAUUGUACCUUGUCUUCAAUUUGAUCAAGUUUCUGCACAAAGUAUGGUGGACUCCAUUCCGGAUACAGUCUCUCAUGGCUUCCCAGGGAAUUAAAGGUCCUCCAUACAAGUUCUUCUAUGGAAACACGAAGGCCAUAAUCGGCAUGAGUUGCGAAUCGAUAUCGAAACCCAUGGAUUAUCUCUCACAUGAUAUAUUCUCUUAUGUCCUGCCUCAUCAAUCCUCAUGGUUCAACAAAUAUGGGAUGAAUUUUCUAUUUUGGUUAGGUCCUCAAGCCUCCCUGGUAGUUUCGGAAUUGGAGCUGUUCAAAGAGAUACUGAACGAUAAAGAUAAAACUUACCCAAAACCAGACACCCAAGCAUAUGUGAAAAGGCUGAUAGGAGAUGGCCUUGUUGUGACAUCCAAUGGCGAAAAAUGGGCUAAGAUGAGGAAGCUCGCAAACUACGCUUUCCAUGCAGAGAGUUUAAAAAAUAUGAUACCAGCUAUGGUUUCUAGUGUUGAAAUGAUGAUCGAGAGGUGGAGAAAUCAAGAAGGCAAAGAAAUAGAGGUGUUCGAAGAAUUUAGGCUAUUGACAUCUGAAGUAAUUUCCAGGACGGCUUUUGGAAGCAGUUACACAGAAGGGAAGAAAAUUUUUGACAUGUUAAGGAAGCUGACAGUGAUAAUGUCCAGAAAUGGUCUUAAAGUUCCACUUCCUGUCAUCAGUAAGAUUUAUAAAAGUAGAGAUGAGGUAGAAGCAGACAAGCUUGAAAAGGGAAUAAGAGAAUCUGUUUCAGAGAUAAUUAAGAAAAGAGAAGAGAAGGUGAGGACAGGAAAAACAAAAGACUUUGGGAGUGAUUUUCUUGGAGUAUUGGUCGAGGCAUAUCAUGAGGAAGACCAAUUCAAGAAAAUUUCUCUUGAAGAGUUGAUUGAUGAGUGCAAGACAUUUUAUGUUGCUGGACAAGAAACCACAAACUCAUUACUUGCUUGGAUUAUCAUGAUCUUAGCCAUCCACACAGACUGGCAAGAGGAAGCAAGAAAGGAGGUGCUCAUGAUUUUUGGCCAGGAAAAUCCAAGUUAUCAUGGCAUCACAAGACUAAAGAUGAUGAGUAUGAUCAUCAAUGAAACACUAAGACUAUAUCCUCCUGCUUUGGGGGUAGUUAGAAAAACCAGUAGAGAAGCUCGACUUGGGAACCUCACUCUGCCUGCUGGUAUACAUUUACUUGUCCCAAUUCUAGCACUUCACCAUGACUCUAGUAUAUGGGGAGAAGAUGCUCAUUUGUUCAAACCAGAGAGAUUCUCAGAAGGGGUGGCUAAAGCAACAAACAAUAACAUUAAUGCAUAUAUUCCCUUUGGCACAGGCCCGCGAAUUUGUGUAGGCUUUGAUUUUGUCAUCACUGAAGCAAAAAUUGCUCUUUCAAUGAUAUUACAAUCUUACAACUUCACUCUCUCCCCGGCUUAUGUCCAUUCGCCUCAUCUGGUUUUUACACUUCGUCCGCAGCAUGGAGUUCAGGUGAUUCUUCACUCCUUGAAAAGCGAAGAUUGAGCGAGUGUUACAGAUUGCAUUCAAGUCCAGAUGAUGGUCAUGGAAAUCAUGUAUUAUAUAAGCUUAUGGGAUAAUGAGACUAAAGUUAAGCAUUAAAGUUGAGAAGAUCUUCAUGGAGUUUGUGUAAUUUAGAAUCUUAUGGAUUAGCUCAAGUGUUUGGAUAGCUUCAUUCUUCUCAAAUAUCUUGGUAAUUUGCAUGUUAUUGACGUGGAGAGUUGGGAAUAAAACUGUACAUGGGCUUGGAAA